AUGUCUUUGGCAGGAGGAAAACCAAACUCGGAGGAACCAGAGACGUCCAAACCAGCAAGACGACACCUCUGCUCUCAGUGUGGAAAGAGUUUUAUCAAGUUAGGAAGCCUGAAAGCUCAUGAGCGAAUACACACAGGGGAGAAGCCUUACCAUUGCUCCCAUUGUGGAAAGAGUUUUAGCCAGUUAGGAAGCCUGAAAGCUCACAGCCGAAUACACACCGGGGAGAAGCCUUACCACUGCUCACAUUGUGGAAAGAGUUUUAACCGCUUAGGAAGCCUAAUUGCUCAUAGGCGAAUACACACAGGGGAGAAGCCAUACCAUUGCGAACAGUGUGGAAAGAGUUUUAACAAGUUAGAUAACAUGAAAUCUCAUGAACAAAUACACACAGGGGAUAAGCCUUACCACUGCUCUCAGUGUGGAACUAAGUUUACCAAGUUAGGAAGCCUGAAAAGACAUGAGAGGACACACACCAAAGCAAAGCCUUUCCAUUGCGCCUUGUGUGGAACGAGUUUUAACCAUUUAGGAAACCUGAAAAGACAUGACAGAAUACACACAGGUGAGAAGCCUUUCCAUUGCGCACAGUGUGGAAAGAGUUUUAGCUUGUUAGGAAACCUACAAUCUCAUGAGCGAAUUCACACAGGGGAGAAGCCAUACCAUUGCACCCAUUGUGGAAAGAGUUUUAACCAGUUAGGAAACAUGAAAUAUCAUGAGCGAAAUACACACAGGGGAGAAGCCAUACCAUCGUGCUCAGUGUGGAAAGAGUUUUACGGAGUUAGGAAAGCUGAAAGCUCAUGAGCGAAUACACACCUUACAAAUGUCACUUAAAAGGCAUGUGAGAAUCCACAGAAAAAUAUCUUCUCCUAGUGUGUAAACUGAUAUUUCACAUCACCUUUAAGUUCAUCAGAGAACAUACACAGUGCUCCCAUUGUCUUCUAUUGUUGACUGAGAAUGUGUUUACUUGUUUAUACCAUAUAAAAUGAAAUUCAAUUGUAAAAAAUAUACUCUAAAAUAUAUUUGUAUGUCUUUGUUAGAAAAUAUUAAUUGAAUAUGGAGUAUGUCAGUUUGAAUACAGAGUAAAUCAGAUUCCAUGUGUCCAAUGGUCCUUUUUUAAACUCCAUGUGUGUGUUUAUCUGGGUGUGUCAUUCCUCCAGCACUACAGAUAAUCAAGUGAUAUUUGGAUGUGAUGCAUUUGCUCCAUUGUUCACAUUUGCAUCGUUUGCCCACUGAUGAUUUAAUGACAUGAAAAUGUACACUGACUCGCCCACGGAUUAAAUAAAGAAUCUUGGUUUGA